AUGGACCAAAUGAUAAGUCGCCUCAAAACUUCUUUGUCAUCUACACUUGAUCAGUUCUUUCCUCUUGCCGGUCGUCUUGCUAUUGAAAAACAUGAUAACACCAUCUCUGUCUAUAUCAACUGCAACAUUGAGGGUGUAGAGUUCAUCCAUGCCACCGCAGAGAUAUCCGCUGAGGACAUCCUCUCUCCAACCUUUGUUCCUCAAAGCAUAAUCGAUUCAUUAAUUCCCUUCAAUGGGGUAUUUAACUACGAAGGUCAAUCACAUCCUUUACUUUCUGUUCAGGUAACUGAGCUGAGCGAUGGUGCCCUUUUUAUAGGGUGCAGUGCAAAUCAUUCUGUAUGUGAUGGUGCAUCAAUUUGGCAUUUCAUUAAUCCUUGGUCACCUAUCUCUAGAUCUUCGGGUGACCAUACUUCAUAUCCUCCUCCGGUUUUUGAGCGCUGGUUUAUCAAGGAAACAGAUUGUCCUAUCCGUCUUCCGUUCUCAUUUGCUGAGAAGUUUUCAGUAGUAAGGAAUACCGGAAAUGCUGAAGUUCCACCGCUUGAAUGUCUUGUAGAGGAAUGUUUUCGCUUCACUAAACCAAGCAUUGCAAAAUUGAAAGCAAAGGCUUUAGAGCUGAAUCCAGAAGCAAAGCAAAGCAGCGAAAUCUCUUCUUUACAGGAACUAUUAGCUCAUGUUUGGACAGCGGUAAUACGCGCUAGGUUCUGUUUAGCUAAAGACCAUGGUGAAAACCGGCAAAUUUUAAUUGCACUUUUCAUGAAUAACAGAACCAAGCUGAUUCCACCGUUGACAGAAGCAUAUUUUGGCAACUCAUUAAUCGGGGGUGAUAUACUCGUGAAGGAAGGCAUGCUGCUCGACAAGGGAUUUGGUUUCUUGGCAGCUUCAUUGAAUGAGGUGGUUAACUCGCACAAUUAUGAAAAGAGUCGAAGUUUUUUCGAAUCAUGGGUAGAGAAACCUUCUAUACCAAGUUAUGGUGAUGAUAAUGGAAUUAUGGAUAUUAUGUUGUUAGCUAGGAGUUUCCAAUGGUUCAGUAAGUACGGGAACGAUUUCGGUUGGGGACGCCCUAGUGCAGUAAAAACCGGUAGAAAUGGAAAAUAUGUUUAUGGAAUAAUUACUGUGAGUCGAUGA